CUCGUUAUACGGCAAAAACCCACAUGGCGUCCGACGAUUCCAAGAUGGCAGACAAAGAACAAGCUCUUCAUGCACCGAUAGAAUGGGCACAAAGGAAAGACAAGUUAUACAUUACAGUUGAUGUUGAUGAUUGUGUGGAACCCCAAAUAGAGCUCACAGAAACUUCAUUAACAUUUAGGGCAAGAGGAGGAGCAGAAAAGAAAUUGUAUGAAUCCAAAAUUGAAUUCUUCAAAGAAGUAGACCCAAAGGAAUCAAAAUAUACUGUCCUUCCCAGGAAUGUUCCGUUUGUGAUAAAGAAGAAAGAAGAGGGUCACUUCUGGCCUCGGUUAAUAAAAGAUAAAUUUAAGGUUCACUGGAUAAGAACAGAUUUUAACAAAUGGAAAGAUGAAGAUGAUUCAGAUUAUGAAGAUGAUGCAGGAGACAUGGAUUUAGAAGCAAUGAUGUCAAAAAUGGGUGGCUUAGGUGGAAUGGAUAAUCCAGUGGGAAUGAUGAACAAUAUGGGAGGCAUGGGAAUGGGUGGUCAAGAAGAUGGUGGAAAAGACUCCGAAGACAGUGAUGAUGAAGAUUUGCCAGACUUGGAAUGAUUUAUUUAAAAGAAAAAGGAAAGAAACUCUACAAACUUCACAUGAACAACUUAUUUCUUUUGAAUGACAUCAUUAAGUCGGAGACUGAGAAUAUUUACUGACUUGAAGAACACCAGAGUCUCGAUUACUAGAUAUACUUACUUUUUAUAUGAUUUUGUUUUCUAUACUUAUGGAAAAAUAGUAGAUGCAAAAAAUUAAGUUAAUGGAUUCACUAUGUCCGUUGCUCUAGAAAAUAUUAUAGAACUGCACGUCCUUGUGGCUACCAAGAAUCUUAUUUUAGCAAUCAACAAGUUCUGUGAAGUAUCCUCAAGUGAAUCCCUUUCAUGCCAUCUUCAUCCCAUUUUUGUAUUUUGGUGCAGUUGUAUGUAUCAUAUUUCCAAUUUAAAACAAUAAAAUAGUUGUUUUUCAAAUAAA